AUGGCGGCGGCCUUCACCGCCCUCCGUGUCCUGCUUGGGCUCUUCUUCUUCCUCACGGGCGUCCUGAAGGUCUCGGACUGGCUCUCUGCCGACCUGCACCGGCACAUGGCAUCGGAGUUCGUGCGUUUUGCCAAGGUGUUUCCCCUGAAGGACUUGGGGUUUGUGCCGGAGCCGGGCAGGUACCUGGCGGCCGUGGGCUGGGUGGAGGUGACGGCCGGGCUGUUGCUGGCAUUUGGGCCCCAGCUGCUGCAGGAGAUCAGCAACUUCAUCCUCAGCGUCGUCAUGAUAGGUGCCAUCUACACUCUGCUGGCGCUGCAGGAGCCGCUGGCCAUGUGUGCCCCGGCCACCCUCUCCCUCGGCCUCCUCCUGCUGCUCAACAUCCGCGGGUACCCAGCUGCCCCCCGGCCCAAGUUCGAGUGAUGAGAGGCGGGAAGGACAGACGGGAAGGACAGACAGGAAGGACAGACGGGAAGGACAGACGGCUCGGCUGCUGGGGAGCAACACCUUUAUGGUAUUUUCAGGGAUGACGUCGCAUCCUUGCUGAUGAGACACAGUGUGUCCUCUCCUGCCUCUGCCAGUGACUCUGGUGCUGGCUGUCCCCACACUGUGGGACCUGGGCUGGUGCUGUGGGAUGGUGGCCAUGGCACCACUGUGACACUGCUGUGACACUGCUGAACUCGCACAAGGUGUCCGGCUCUUUCCAGUGUUUGGCCACACUAAGCAGGGGCUGGCUCUGCUCUCUUUCAAAUUUUGGAAUAAAACCUCUUGUUUUUCA